UAAGAUGUCUUACAGAAAAGUUCUAGUUUUAUCACAUCUGAUGGUAUUUCUGUGUGUGCAGUGUUUUGCAAAGUUACAUAACUACGACAAUUUUGACAUGGAGACACUUUUACUAAAUACGACGAGAUCGAGAGCGCUUUUUGAAUGUGUGAGGGAUGAAACUAAGUGUGCUAAUAAAGAAGAUAAGGAGAUGAAAGAUGACAUCUUCGAGAUGGUCACCACAUCAUGCGCAAACUGCACGGCGAAAGAGAAGCAGAAGUUCGGCGACGCCAUGAAAGCCCUCCAUCGGUCCAUGGGGGAGUCGCAGAUCAUCACCAUGUUCAUCAACAAGAUGACCAACAUGUUCCAAGGGGGUCUGUCUGAUACUGAAAAGACCACAUAAACAGAUCUGCGCCAAUAGAAGCUGGACUAGACUAAAACUUUUCAACAAUGAUUGCCUUUGCAUCUCCGAGUUAUCUUUGAUUGCUAACUGAAAUACCUAUUGCUAGUAGGGAUACAGAGAAUAUAGACAGUUUCUAUUCGAGUGGACUAUAGUCAAAGUACUUGCUACUACAGUUACCAGCCAGAGAUGACCUGUAGUGCAGUAAAACAUUUCCCUACUUAUCAAGGUUUAGAUGGCAUCCUACUUUGCCUUAGUUAUUUUUGUAAAAGGUAUUUUUUAUAUAUUUUGUAUACUUAUGUAAAUAAAUACGAGUAAGUAAUGCUUCAACCACACCAACGCCUGCAGAUCACCAUCG